AUGGACGCCGUGCGCGGAGACCAGCAUAAAGUACUCGCUGAGCAGUUCACCAAGCUCACCCACGACGAUGGAUCUCCCGAUAUAGCACUCCGGCACGCCAACCUGGACAAUCUCGUCUCGUGCCUGACGCCAUGGGAACUCCUGUACCUCACGCAACUAACACGGAAAAGCCCAGCCAAACUUGCAGAAAUGCAGAAUCUUCCAGAAGAAGUAGUCGCCAUGAUAUCCCGGCAUCUGCGCCUUGGAGACGCAAUAAAGUGCACCCAAGUUUCCAAACCGUGGCGGCAAAAAUGGACUUGUCACACGGUCGUCAAUGAUAUUGCCCACGUCUGCUUCCCGGGAUUGACGGCGGCGUUCCCAGAUACGCCGGCUUGGGAUCUUUUGCGCCCUAUUGCCCAAAAAGCCACAGCCCGUAACCAAGGCAAAAUCACUUCCUGGCUCUCUAUCAGGACUGCCGACGUGCCUCUGCUGGAAUGCACCGCCCUGAAGUACGAUGAUCUCAGCCUUGAAUUUGCAAAGUCUAAUCCCACAGCCACGCCUUCGAGAUUCUUCAGGAAGGAUAACUGGGACUCGAGGUCCUGGCGCGGUUUCGCUUACUCUCAUGGAAAAGUCGCCUGGCAGUGGGAUUCCUACCGUUUCUUCGUUGACGACAUUCGAGCCAUGACCAGGAAGCUCGUUUCACCGCCCGAUCUCGUGGUAAGGGGAGAUAAGGACUUCAUCGUGUAUGCCAUGACGGAGAAUCUCUUGAUUCUAGCAAAUCAAAUCACCAUGAGGGCUCUUAUUGUAUAUGAUCUUAAUAAGGGUGAGCACCGUCGUGUUACCCUCCCUAACCGCAUGUUGGACCUGCAAGCCCACAAAGACACAUUCGCCAUCAAUUUCUCCAUCGACUACUGUACCUAUCGCCAAGAUGACUCCGCAACCCCGCCUCAUGUCUGGAACUGGUCUACUGGUCUUGUUAAGCUUGACGUCCCUGGCUCUCCAGCGACCGAGGAACCACGCCGCUACAGCUAUGCAUGGGACGAGCACAAUGACGAAGGCGCGGAUUGUAACAACGGGGUCAUCUUUCACCCAACGAAACCUCACAUUCUCUACUUCAAUACUGCCAUCUUCAAGAGCGGACUGCCCGGUGGAAAGACUAAGAUCGUCAAGGCGCCCAGUCUUCCCCUGAUAACGAUCAAUUUCAAUACGACGACGGAGUCAUUUGUGGUCGAAAAAAGGGUCCUCAGCGGCAUGCGGAGGCCGAUAUGGGAGCAUGCUGCUGGCGAACCAGCACAAGCCGGCGGUAUCUCGUGGAACGACUCAGUGUAUUACAUUCAAAAUAAAGAUUGCCGUCUCCGCGCGGAAUUCGAACCUCGAUGGAGGCACCGUUUCGAAGGCAAGGGCCAAAGAUCAAUUUGCAUUGCCAACAAAACAUCAACGUUUGUUUUGGAGACCAAGAACCUCUGGUUUAAAGAGCCCGGCCGCGGUGCUCGCCGCGAGAGAUUUCGAAGCAUCGCGGUGGACGACGACUUCGUGGUCGGCCUUUCAAGACGGAGCUACGUCGUGUAUAACUUUGGCGACCCGAGUUUGAAAGGAGGGCCCUGGUCCGAGCCCCAUAAAGUGCAGCGUUACACGAUGAAGGACUUGGAUUGUCCGAAGCGGGGGUGCCCGGGGCCGGAUGAGUCGCGGCUGUGCCCGGUUUGCAGCGAUAUCACUCUCAGCAGCCUUUGGGGCCAUCAUGCUGAUAACGAAAGUCCUGAUGUCUCUUCGGACGAAGACGAGGAGAGCUCGGAAGGCGUGCUUUCCGAACCAGAGCAUUGGGCUGGAGACUCCAACGAGGCGGACGAGGGCUGGGAAACCUCGGAGUACGGCGACGGCUAUGGCUACAGUUACUAG